CAGCGCCUCAAUGUAGAAGGUUUUCAAGUGACACAAAAUUUAAAAAUCUGAGUUUAUCAAAGUGCGCUAAGUUUUAGUUAUGAUUACAUCAUAUUUUCCAAAAUGUGUGGCCGUUUUUGCCCUCUCUGUCCUGAGUGUCGGUGCGCUGGACACUUUUAUUGCUGCAGUGUACGAGCAUGCUGUUAUAUUACCAAACGGAACACAAACACCUGUUCCAAAAGAAGAGGCUUUGCUCCUGAUGAACAAGAACAUAGAUGUUUUGGAGAAAGCAGUUAAACUGGCAGCCAGGCAGGGUGCACAUAUCAUUGUGACCCCAGAAGAUGGAAUUUAUGGCUGGGUCUUCACAAGGGAGACAAUUUACCCCUACCUAGAGGAUAUCCCACACCCUGAAGUGAACUGGAUUCCAUGUAGAGACCCCCAGAGGUUUGGCCACACCCCAGUACAAGAGAGGCUCAGCUGCCUGGCCAAGGACAACUCUAUCUACGUCGUGGCAAAUAUUGGGGACAAGAAGCCAUGCAAUGCCAGUGACCCUGAGUGUCCGCCUGACGGUCGUUACCAGUACAACACUGACGUGGUGUUUGAUUCUGAGGGCAGGCUGGUGGCGCGCUACCAUAAGUACAAUCUUUUUGCGCCUGAAAUUCAAUUUGAUUUCCCCAAGGAUUCAGAGUUCGUGACUUUUGACACUCCCUUCGGGAAGUUUGGCAUUUUCACCUGCUUUGACAUUUUUUCUCACGACCCGGCCGUGGUGGUGGUCAAUGAGUUUCAAGUGGACAGCGUCCUCUACCCGACGGCCUGGUACAACACGCUGCCCCUCCUCUCCGCUGUUCCCUUCCAUUCGGCGUGGGCCAGAGCCAUGAGGGUCAACCUGCUUGCUGCCAACACCCACAACACCAGCAUGCACAUGACCGGGAGUGGAAUCUACGCACCGGAAGCAGUCAAGGUGUACUACUAUGACAUGGAAACGGAGAGUGGCCAGCUGAUGCUCUCAGAGUUGAAGUCCCGGCCUCGGCGUGAAACCACCUACCCUGCAGCCGUUGACUGGAGUGCUUAUGCCAGAGGCGUCAAGCCGUUCCCGUCUGAGCAACCGGAUUUUCCAGGGAUGAUCUAUUUUGAUGAGUUCACCUUCACUGAGCUUCAGAAGAACACAGGAAAUUACACAGUUUGCCAGAAAGACCUGUGUUGUCACUUAACUUACCAGAUGUCUGAGAAGCGAACCGAUGAGGCGUAUGCGCUUGGGGCUUUUGACGGCCUGCACACAGUGGAAGGCCAAUACUACUUGCAGAUAUGCACAUUACUCAAGUGUCAAACCACCGAGCUGAGAACUUGCGGGGAGCCUGUGGGGUCAGCAUUUACCAGGUUUGAAGAAUUUUCCCUCAGCGGCACUUUCGGAACGAGUUACGUUUUCCCACAGCUCAUUCUAAGUGGGAGUCAGCUUGCCCCGGAGAGACAUUACGAGGUUUCACAAGACGGACGUCUGAGGAGCCGAGGCGGAGCCCCUUUGCCUGUCUUAGUGAUGGCCCUGUAUGGAAGAGUGUUUGAGAAGGACCCUCCGCGCUUAGGGCAGGGACCUGAGAAAUUACAACGACCCCCUUCACUCGCACCUUUUCAAGAUUAGCCCGGCAAAGAGAGGGAGAAAAGAAAGAGAGCCCUUAGUUUCUGUUUAGAAGAGAUGUCAUAGAUUUGCUGAAACAACAAACUUAAGAAGAUUUUAAAAAUGAUAGAUGUGUGUACCAAUUUUACAUUUUACCUGUUUGAUACAGCACAAACAUUUAUGGGAGCUGCAUUUACCUUCCAUGUGGGUGCAUUUAAGUACGUGUGAGUAUGUAUAGGGAUAGUGCACCAUAUAUUUCAAUGGGAGGGGGCCUGGAAAAAUCCUUUUGUGGUAACUGCUCUAAUGUAUGUAAAUGUUGUUUCUAUCAUUUGUAAACACACAGGGCAGGUGUUGAAUUUACAGAGGGUAUUUGAUCUAAUCGCUUAAGAUACAGGAAGCGAAAAAACAAAGGGCAUCUAUUUUUUUUGUGUGAGGAAGAUUGCCACUGAGCUAACAUCUGUUGCCAAUAUUCCUCUUUGUGCUUGAGGAAGAUUGUCACUGAGCCAGUAUUUGUGCCAAUCUUCCUCUAUUUCAUGUGGGA